AUGAAGGGUUACCAGGUCAGCCGCAGCCUGUCCCAGUACUCCUCUGUUGGAGAAGGGGGACACACACCGUGUGACUGCGACCCUGAUCCCCGCUCCGCCCGAGACUACGAACACUACGACGGAGCGGGACACCCCUACUACCCCCCCGGGGGUCCCCCAGAGCAUCGUUUCCUCUCCUCCCACUCUGGAGGGGGGACGUUCCCUCGUUCCCACCCCAGCCAUCACCCCGCUCCCCAUCAGUACGACUCAUGCGAAGAGUGUCUGUCCACGGUUGGGGGUCACGUGGCUAAGAUGCACAGCCUGGAUCAGUUUGAGAGGCAGCUUACUCCUGACGGGUUCCACACCCUGCAGUACCAGAAGAGCGCCAGCGGGGCGGAGCCACGCGGCGAGAGCCCCUCCCGUAUCCGCCACCUGGUUCACUCAGUCCAGAGACUCUUCGCCAAGUCCCACUCCCUCGAGGCGCCGUCGAAGAGGGAAUACAAUGGCACACGAGGAGGAGGGGAACAACGGAGCGGAGGAGAGGAGGGCGUUGGGCAUCAUUAUUCGGGCCACCAGUCCCGCUCGGUGAAGCGCAGCAAGUCUCGCGAGCGCUCCAAGAGCGGGGAUGGGCGCCGCGAGUCGUCCGGCCGGCGCCACCGGAACCGAACUGCCGGGUGGUGGAGCUCCGACGACAACCUCGACAGUGACAGCAGCUUUCUGGUAACCACAGGCACCGCCGGGCCAGGUGGUCGAGGUGGCGGGCGAGGUGGCCACGAGAGUCUGGACGCUGCUAUCCAGGAGCUGACCAUGAAUAAACUGCCCAAGCAGGGGAGUGUACCACCAGGGCCUGGACCGGGGGAGUGCAUGGCCUGUACCACUCUGGCCCUGGCAGGGGGGGAGGGUGGCGGAGGGGGAGUGGCAGGGUACCAUGGAGGGCCAGGACAACACUCUCUGAAGAGGAGCACGUGGUCGGCCAUGACGGUCAGCCAGGCCAGAGAGGUGUACCCAUCGUCUGUUCGGGGAGGAGGAGGAGGAGGAGGAGGAGGCUAUGACAAGGCCUUGGUACCUCUGGAGAACAAACUGAAGGACAGGACCUUUCACUACCUGCAGGUCCCGUCAGACGGGGUGGAGUGGGCUGGGCUUGGGGGCUACCCAGGCGGGGGUGGUCCUGACGGAGGGGGGGAGAUCCCCUGCAGGCGCAUGCGAAGUGGCAGCUACGUCAAGGCCAUGGGAGACGAUGAUAGUCAGGACUCUGACGCCAGUCCUAAAGCCUCUCCUAAAACCACCAUCAUCGCCCAGAGAGAGGCCUUCAGACGCUCUGUCAGCAUGGACCACAGAUACUCGUGUAAGCAGUGUGUAGAUGCUACGCUACCAUAUGCUCACAACAUAAGCACGCCGAAGAGUCACGCACGCUCUCGGAGCUACACGCGGUCUCUGACCAGCUCACAGCUGGGUGACUCUCUGAAUCGUCAGUUUGAGGCGGUGUGUGAGACCAUGUUUGGAGAGAUAGAGAGUCAGGCGGUGGAAGCCUUGGAUCUGCCUGGUUGCUUCCGGACCCGUUCCCAUAGUUACGUCCGCGCCAUCCAGGCCGGCUGUUCCCAAGACGACGACUGCCUGUCCGUCUUCUCCAUGUCAGGACCCAGCAUCAAGGGAGGGGUUGUCAUCCCAUACCGUAAGGCUGGCCCUCCCCCUCUCCCUCCCCGUAUGUCUAAGCCUACGAUCUCUGUGAGGGCUCAGAGCAGUACAGAGUCUACCCAGGAUGCCUACUUCCAGAACACAGGCCAGCCUGCCCUGGGACGGCCCAGACAACACCAGAGCAGCUCUGUGGACCUGGGAAUCACUGAUGGUAGGUCAUCAUUUUGGAUGAUUGAAUGGGAGGGGCCAAUUGGUGGGUUUCCCUGUGGGGGUUACUACACAGGACCAGGACAAGGCCGCUCCCGCCAGCACUCCAACUCUGCCGAGAGCCUGGAUGGGGGCCCCCGGUGGGGCAGGGAGCUUGUGCUCUAUGGAGGAGGAGGACAAGGGCCCCCCAGAGUAAAACACAGUGGCUCCGCUGAUAGUCUCUUGGAGGGGCCCAGGGGAAAGGAGAGGGGGGAGAGGGAUGUGGGACGGGCAGGGGGAAGUCUGGGGAAGUCUGCCUCCCUCCCACAGAACAGUAUGGUGCUGAGCAAGAUGGGAGGAGGAGGAGGAGGAAGAGGAGGAGGACAGGAGGAGAACAAGACGGAGAGAAGAGGAAGGAAUUGGAGGCCGUCUAUCGCUGUACAGGUGGACAGCUCGGAGACCCUGUCAGACUCGGAUCCGGAUGGCAAGGCUCUGAGAGAGGUUCACUCUAUAGGGGUGCAGGUGGAGGAGGACAAGAGACGUGCUCGGUUCAAGCGCUCCAACAGUGUGACGGCCAGCGUCCAGGCAGACCUGGACCCAGAGGGGGGUUACCCAAGCCUCACCUUCGCUGUUCCUACACAGGAUAAGAGCCUCCAGUUCGGCUGCUCCUUCCAGAGACACUCCUCAGAGCCAGAGUCAGCCGACCAGUACGCAGAGUACCACCGCACGGUGCACACCCAGGGCCAGUGGGCCUACAGAGAAGACUAUGCCCAGGAUGGUUAUGCUACAGACCCCCACCAGAUCCCCCCGCUGCCCCCGCGGGCCCACUCCCCCCUACCCCUCGCCGCGGACCGUGGUGGCUGGAUAGGCACACCCCAGCCCUCGCUGGAGGGGGGUCUCCGUAGUCUACCUGAUUCCGGUCGCGCCUCGCCCUGUCCGAGAGACGGAGAGUUCUUCCUGCGCCUCCUUCAGGCGGAGGUGGAGAGGAUGGAGGGAUGGUGUCAGAACAUGGAGAGAGAGGCGGAGGAGAACGAGCUGCCGGAGGAGGUUCUGGAGCUGAUCCGUAACGCGGUGGGCAGUGCCCAGAUGCUCAUGACCCAGAAGGUCCAGCAGUUCUUCCGUCUGUGCCAGCAAAGCGUGGACCCGUCUGCGUACCCCCAGCCCACCUCUCAGGACCUGUCCGGGCUCUGGGACCUGCUCCAGCUCAACGUGGAAGACGUCAAGGGCAAGUUCCAGCACCUCCAGAGGCUGAAGGACUCCGGCUGGAGGCUUCCCCCAGACAAGAAAGAUGACAAGAAGCUUCCUCCCCCACUACCAAAGAAGCCAGCUGGGGGGGUGAGCGGCAGUCUCCGUGCCGACAGCGUCAGCGACCUCUCAGUGGAACGAGGGGUAGGAGGAGGCGGAGGGGUGCUGGUGAUGCCCCGUAGCGGGGGUGUAGGACGGGCCGUGCCUAUCCGGGAGAAGUCCUUAGACCUGGGGGACAGACAGAGGACGGAAGCACGCAGGAGACUGCUCCAGACCAAGAGGUCCUCUUCCUUCAGACAGAACUCCGCCACGGAGAGCGCCGACAGCAUCGAGAUCUACAUCCCAGAGGCUCAGACCCGACUCUGAACAUGGAGAUACAGAACAUGGACUCAUAAGGCCCUUAUCAGACUUCUAUCCCUACAAGAACUUGAGAUCUACAGAUCUGACUCUGAACACAGGGACGGUCUAAACGUGGCCCUAUAACCUCCUAUCUGACCACUAUCUGACCACCUCAAACUAGACCCAUGUAUAUCUCGGGGCCUUUCUCCUGUUCACAUAUCAAUACAUGGAAUACUUUCAUGUAUCCACUGAAGAGUUAUAGACUUUGCAGCUUUUAAAAAUAAACGUUCCUGCGUUGGCAGAGAUCCCAUUCACAGAAAAUACUGCAUAUGUUGGCUGGAUAAGGACAUUUCCUUUAAAAGCUGCACUGCCUGUAACCCCAAUAACAGAUUCAAUUGUGUCUGAGUUUCAAACGUCCACUGUAUUCUAACGUAUUGUUUUACAUCGUUGAUCAACAACAACCCUCCCAAGUCCCAUACACUGAACCCCCUCAAUGACGAUGUUGACCAGGGGUGGGCACCUCCAGUCCUCCAGGACACGAUUGGUUUCACACUUUUUCCCCAUCCCUAGAAAACACAGCUGAUUAAUCAAAUGUCAUUCUAAACCGAAUAUCAUGAUUCGGUGAUUGUUGAAGUCAGGUUUGUUAGCUGGGGCAAAUCUGUGACACCAAUCAGACACCCGAGGAUUGGAAUUACUCACCCCUGAUAUAGAGCCAUACCAAAUGUCUCAGCCCUUCAGUUCUGACCUGCAUCUCUCUGCGUAUACUGACUCUCUCAAGCCUUCACUGCUGGGGAUGCUGGGUCCCAUCAUCAUGCCAUUCCAGGACAUGGCAAGACAGAAGGAGUGAACGCGAGGCGACAGCGGCCAUUUUGUGGAAUCUGGAGCCAAAAUGGAGGCUACAGGAUCAUAGUUGUCUCCACUCGCAUUUCUUCUCAUCUUUUUUUGUCAGAAAUAAAAUGGAGAGAUGGAGGGUUUUGUUUUAAUUCGGGGGGGGUAUAGAGUUAUAGA